AAAAAAAAUUAUCAUAAACUAAACUCUUCUAUCGCCAUUAUAAUACUCUCGUGACUCCCACUUCUCUCUCUCUCUCUCUCUCUCUCUUUCUCUCUCAUCCUCCGGCUCUCCCAUUUUGGCCCCUACCGGAUGAACUGCCUUUUCAGAUUCAUGAAAUAAUGGAGGACUCAAAGGUGUUCCAAGGAGCUAAACUUGUUCAUCUGAAGGUUCCUAAGUUUAUUAGUUGAUUUUAGCACAAUGACCAUUGAUAUGCAGCCAUCUACGGCCCAAGGUGCGGGAACCAGCAGGUCUUCCUUUAGCUCUAGCAAUGGGAACGAGGAUACUCCUCUGCACAGCUCUACUGCUGUCUCAAAUGGCGAUGACUACGACAGUGAUGGUUCUAAUUUUGCACCACUUACACCAGCAACCCUUUCGAUGGCAAUUCCAGAAGAACUUGCUGGUGCUAUUCCCUUGAUUAGUAGAUUCCAGGUGGAGGGCUUUCUAAGAUUGAUGCAGAAACAGAUUCAGUCUGCUGGAAAACGUGGUUUUUUUUCAAAAAGAUCUGUAGGUUCUCAAGUUCGGGAAAGAUACACGUUUGAAGAUAUGCUCUGUUUCCAAAAGGAUCCUAUACCAACUUCGCUUCUUAAAAUUAACAGUGACCUAGUAAGCAGAGCAACAAAACUGUUCCAAAUAAUUUUGAAGUACAUGGGUAUUGAUUCAUCUGAUCGAGUUACUCUGGCAAACUUAGACGAACGGAUUGAGCUUGUUGGAAAAUUAUACAAGCAUACUUUGAAGCGUUCAGAGCUGCGAGAUGAACUUCUCAUUCAGAUUUCAAAACAAACAAGAAAUUGUCCUGAUAGGCAUUACUUGGUAAAAGCAUGGGAGUUGAUAUAUUUGUGUGCAUCCUCUAUGCCUCCUAGUAAGGACAUUGGUGGAUACCUGUCAGAGUAUGUCCAUAAUGUAGCCCAUGACACGAGUGCGGAUUCCGAGGUUCGUGGGCUUGCAUUAAAUACACUAAAUGCUCUGAAGCAUGCGGUGAAGGCUGGUCCCAGGCAUACAAUACCAGGGCGUGAGGAGAUUGAGGCUCUCUUAACUGGUCGAAAACUCACGACUAUAGUAUUUUUCUUAGAUGAGACUUUUGAAGAAAUCACUUAUGACAUGGCGACCACAGUGGCUGAUGCUGUUGAGGAGCUUGCAGGAAUAAUUAAAUUGUCAGCAUACUCUAGCUUUAGUCUGUUUGAAUGCCGUAAAGUUGUUACUGGUUCUAAAUCACCUGAGCCUGGAAACGAGGAGUAUAUUGGGUUAGAUGAUAACAAAUAUAUUGGGGAUCUGCUGGCGGAAUUCAAGGCAUCGAAGGAUCGAAGUAAGGGAGAAAUUUUGCACUGCAAACUAACAUUAAAAAAAAAGCUAUUUCGUGAGUCAGAUGAAGCUAUAACAGAUCCCAUGUUUCUGCAGUUGUCCUACGUUCAAUUGCAACAUGAUUAUAUAUUAGGCAAUUAUCCUGUUGGAAGGGAUGAUGCUGCCCAGUUGUCCGCAUUGCAGAUCUUGGUUGAGAUUGGAUUUGUUGAUAGACCUGAAUCAUGCGUUGAUUGGAAUUCACUUUUGGAACGAUUCCUACCCAGACAAAUUGCAAUAACACGAGCAAAGCGGGAAUGGGAAUUAGAUAUUCUUUCUCGUUAUUGUUCUAUGGAACAUUUGACAAAAGACGAUGCAAGACAACAGUUUCUGCGGAUAUUGAGAUCACUUCCUUAUGGGAAUUCAGUUUUCUUUAGUGUUCGCAAGAUUGAUGAUCCUAUUGGACUCCUGCCAGGACGGAUAAUUUUGGGCAUUAACAAGAGGGGGGUUCAUUUUUUCCGUCCAGUUCCAAAGGAGUAUCUACAUUCAGCUGAAUUGCGAGACAUAAUGCAAUUUGGUAGUAGCAACACUGCUGUCUUCUUUAAGAUGAGAGUUGCUGGUGUUCUUCACAUAUUUCAAUUUGAUACCAAGCAGGGAGAAGAAAUUUGUGUUGCUCUUCAGACACAUAUAAAUGAUGUCAUGUUGCGUCGUUACUCUAAAGCUCGGUCCAGUGCUGGCAGUUCAAUAAAUGGAGACCUUCCUAACAAUUUUAGACCUCCUAGCAUGGAAGUGUAUGAGAAACGUGUUCAGGAUUUGUCUAAAGCUCUUGAAGAAUCUCAAACCCGGGCUGAUCAAUUUUUACAAGAACUGCGUGAAAAACAAAAGCAAGAUAUGAAAAUGCAAGAAGAACUAGAGGAAAUGAAAGAAUCCUUGAGAUCUGAGAAGCAAAACCUUGCAAAAGUUGCAUGUGAUCGUGACAGACUUAGAUCAUGGUGUGAUGAAAAGGAUAAGGCUCUUCAGGCUGCACUGCUGGAGAAAAGGAGCAUGGAAUCGAGGUUGGCCAAGUUGGGGAAUCUUAUGAUAGAGAACAAUACCAAAAAAGAUAUGAUUGGAGCUGAUACCCAGUUGUUACAAAAACUCCAAGAUGAGUUAAAUCUUCGUAACGAGGAGUUUCAUGCAGCUGAAGACAUUAUGAAGAAGCUGGUAAAUGAAAGAUUAUCAUUGGAACAAAGGAUGUCUGAACUUGAAAAGAAGAAAGCUGAUGAGAUAGAUUUUCUUGAGAAAAACUUUGAUCAAGAACGUAAAGCCUUGAAGUUUCAAGUUCUUGAACUUGAAAAGAAGCUUGAAGGGGUCACACAAGAAUUAGCUAUUGCUGAGUCAACUCUUACAGUCAGGAAUGCUGAUCUAGCUUCAUCACAAAAUAAUCUAAGGGAAUUAGAGGAAUUGAGAGAAAUGAAAGAGGAUAUUGAUAGAAAGAAUGAGCAAACUGCUGCCAUUUUGAAGAUGCAAGGGGCCCAACUUGCAGAGUUGGAAGUGCUCUAUAAGGAAGAACAAGUUUUAAGGAAGCGUUAUUUUAAUACCAUUGAAGAUAUGAAAGGCAAGAUCAGAGUUUUUUGUCGAUUGAGACCUCUUAAUGAGAAAGAGAUUGCUGAAAAAGAAAGAGAUUUACUUACAAGUCUAGAUGAGUUUACGGUUGAACAUCCAUGGAAAGAUGAUAAACUCAAGCAGCAUAUGUAUGACCGUGUGUUUGAUGGCACUGCUACUCAAGAAGAUGUGUUUGAGGAUACAAGGUAUCUGGUGCAGUCUGCUGUGGAUGGCUAUAACGUGUGCAUAUUUGCUUAUGGUCAAACUGGAUCUGGGAAGACAUUUACAGUUUAUGGAUCUGAAAGCAAUCCUGGACACCCCCGAGCUACUGCAGAGUUAUUUAAAAUCAUAAAUCGAGAUGACAAAAAAUUCUCAUUUUCAUUGAAGGCAUAUAUGGUGGAGUUAUACCAAGAUACACUUGUAGAUCUUCUAUUAUCAAAAAAUGCUAAACGCUUAAAAUUGGAGAUUAAGAAAGACUUGAAGGGCAUGGUAUCUGUAGAAAAUGUAACAGUUGUAUCAAUUUCAACAUUUGAGGAAUUGAAGAGCAUUAUUCGAAGAGGAUCUGAGCAACGACAUACAUCCGGAACUCAAAUGAAUGAAGUUAGUUCAAGAUCUCAUCUAAUACUUUCAAUUUUUAUUGAAAGUACCAACCUUCAAACUCAAUCUGUUGCAAGGGGAAAGCUAAGUUUUGUAGAUCUUGCUGGUUCAGAAAGAGUGAAAAAGUCGGGGUCUUCCGGUAAUCAACUCAAGGAAGCUCAAAGCAUCAAUAAAUCACUUUCAGCACUCGCUGAUGUUAUUAGUGCAUUAUCUUCUGGUGGUCAACACAUACCUUACAGGAAUCACAAGCUAACCAUGUUAAUGAGUGAUUCACUUGGUGGUAAUGCCAAAACACUCAUGUUCGUAAAUGUAUCACCUUCUGAAUCAAACUUGGAUGAGACAUACAAUUCUCUGAUGUAUGCAUCUAGAGUUCGAUCGAUUGUGAAUGAUCCAAGCAAAAAUAUAUCAUCAAAAGAGGUAGCUCGAUUGAAAAAGUUGGUCGCUUAUUGGAAGGAGCAAGCAGGUAGGAUGGGGGAUGGUGAUGAACUUGAAGAAAUUCAAGAAGAACGGCCAACAAAAGACAGGACAGAUGGUCGUCAUUCCAUGUAAGCUAGGGCUUUGGCAAGGUCGAUUGACUACCUUGGUAGUUACUUCAUGUUGUCGAUUCAUGAUUAUCUUGCACCAACAAUGUACUAAAGCUGGAGGUGCUGUAGUUAGUUUAGCAGGAUUUAAGUUGUAUAGCCUAAUGUAUAUUUUAUCUUUUGUAUCUUAGAACGAAAUAUUUAUAAGAACUUCAAACUACAAA